UUUUCCUGGAUAGUGCCACUGCCUCUGCCCCGCGAUGGCCUUGCUCCUGAGGAAGGAAAGAGCUGGCAGCAGGACAGUGGUCUUUUCAUUUCCCCAUUACCAAAUGAAGUUGUCCUUUUUUCCCUAUCAGUGCCCUGGCUCCCAGUGCCCACCACGUCCUCCCCUUCCCUGUGGCCACUCUCUACGCUGUUGUGUCAGCACAACCCGUUCUGUCUCGUGAGUGCAGAGCGUAUGUCUCAGUGAAAGGGGAUUGGUGUUACUUUGUUGAAUUUCAUCCUCAGCCGUGUACUCCCCUAUUCCUGGAUGGUGGCUCCUAUGCAGCGGGUCGGAUGGUGCCCCAGCAUCCCCGUCUGCUCCCAUACAACUGUCCCUUGGCAGUAAUUCCCAUUGCAGUCCACUCCUCUUUGAGGUGUCAGCUGCCUCCUUGAUUUCCAAGAUCUUUUAUCUCUCGUUCUGCAGCCCCACAGCUCCAGGUAUUUGUUUUCAAACUCCUUGGGGAUACCCACCUACGAGGACAAGCUCAGCCUCCCUCUUUGGGAAGCUUUGAGCACCUCGAGGGAGCCAAACUCCCAGUUCUUUUGGAUGGAGGCGAGCUGGCUGGUGGGACACUGGGCUGCAAAGGAAGGAACGAGGAUGAGAGUUCAUGUGGUUCCUCUCCCACCUCCCUGCUCUGCGAGGACCCUGAUCUCCCUUCAUAAAUGCAUUAUUUACUGCUAUUGUAAACUACUGUUGCUGCCAAAACCACCUCCUCUCCCCCCCUUUUCUUGCCGGCUGUACUGUUAUAGGCUGUGGUGCCCAGAGCUCUGGGUUGUCUCCUUGCCUGAGCCUUCUGGCAGUCGUUGAGGUGUAACUUGCUCAGAGACGCAGUGCCUGCAGCCGAAAUGGCAGCCAUUGGCUGGCAAGGCUCAUCCUGGGCAGUGUCCCAGAGUGAUUCCCUGUUGUGGUUGGUUUGGAGGUUGUUUUCUAUCCUCUCCUGGGAUGUGCUGUAAUGGAAAGUGUGUCUGCUGGCUUUGCUCCAUCCAAAGUCAGCUGUUGGGGCUUGGGAAGUUCAGUCUGAUUCCAUGACAUCUCUGGAGAGGGAACUUCAUCGUUAGCAGAGGUUUGCUGCCUGGCAUCCUCAGGAACUGCCUCAGCUCCAAGACUCAGGAUUCUUAUUAGCGGUGGAUUGAAACCCCUGGAAGUCCCUUUUUCUGAGUGCUUUUUGUCUGUGCACUCAGAAGAUGCCCAAAGCAGAGGUGAUUAUUCUUUACUGGGAAACUAAACUGACAAGGCUUGAAUGCUUUUUUCUUUGGUGUUUAGAAAGGGGGACACCAUGGAUGAGCACAAGUCCCUCCUGCAGGAUGCUGGGGUCUGUUCACGUGCAGAACAGAGCCAGUGGCAGUCCUGUGAGCAAAACCAGCAGUGCUGUUCACUGUGGUCCUGGAUUUUUAACUAAGAGGCAGAGCUGGCAUUGAGUGGCAUCAACCAUGAAAUAAAUUAGUGAAUGGUGUGCAGCUCCAAGUGCUGAUUUCAGUGGAUGUUGGUGAGUUUGGGAGCUUGGAUUCUGGCUGCUGAAUUUAAGAAUGGGUGAGAAGGUGUAGUGGGUCCAGAACGCCCGUGUUUGGUUUAACACGUGUGUUGCUCUUGGGUGUGAGCUGGUGCCUCAGUGCCAAGCUGGUACUUUCCUCCAAGAUUCACGUGGCCGCUGUGUAGGACGUUGCUGUUCUUGUUGCGGUCGACGGGAUUCUGGGCACUUUCCUGGAUUAGCGUUUCAAAAUGCUGCAUGCCUAAUGAUUGUGUGGAUCCAAAUCAUCUGAGGAGAAGAUGACCUUGUACUCCAUGGAAACACUAGUUCCAGCUAAGAAAUCCCAAAGCAGGGAACCUGCAGGUAGGAAGGCUGGCUGCAGUGAGUCCACUUCUGUGUGGACACCUCUGUGUCCAUCACAUUACAGAUGGGGAAACUGAGGCACAGAGCCAUCGUUUGUUCAGGGUCCUUCAUAGGGCCAGCAGCAACCUGAGGGCAAACCCUGCCUGGCGCAGUGCCCUCAGCCGCAUCAGCGGCUCUCAGCUGCCAGCUGCUUUGCCUGGGCUGCCUCCUGUCCGCACGGAUGUGAUGCUGAGCACAAGGGUGACUGGUUGAUUUGAAACUCACCAUGGUUCUGAGACCAGGUUUGGUUGAUCUGAGUGGUAAUGCAAGCUGAAAGCUUUGCACGUCUCUAACCAAGCUAAUGCCUGUCUUUGUCCUCACAGGGGCUGUGUCAUUGGACCAGCUUUUCCUUUUGAUGUACCUUCUCUCCACUUUGGUGACGUCUCGUUUGGUGAGUGCACCCUGGGCUGGGACCUUGAGUGGAGAGGUCUGUGUGUGGCCAAUGUGGAGCGCUGCAGCAUGAGAACAUGCGUCACUUGUGUUCCUCCGCAGCGGCCUUUGGGGUGUUAGACCAGGGCUGCUGGUUGCUUAGGCAGCAUUCGGCCACCAUGAGGUCAAAUGGGAGCAAAGGAAUAGGAAAUGAGUGUGUCCUGGUGUCCCUCAUAGUCUGUCCAGCCCCAGCCUCCUGAUCCUUGGCAGCAGAAUGACUGUGAAAGUCCACGUCCCAGAAGGGCCCAGGGUAUGGGACUGCAGGAGAAGGGAAUUUGCGCUACAUAGGAGGCUGUAGCUGCUCUGGGUGAAUGUUCCUGAUGCCACAGUUUCCCACCUGACCUUUAUCGUGUGAUAUCACGUAGCACUACAAGGGCACCUUGUUAUCUCCAACCAGCGAAUAUGCCCAAACGUUGGAUCUUCAUCAGGCACUGAUGGUCUUGGAGAUGUGGGCUCCAUCCCUGAUGAAAGGCCAGCUCUGCUGACAGAGCCCGUGGCUGAGCAACCAGAGCUUCUCCAUUGAAAUGCAGACUCUGGUUUUGCAUCUCGGUCUCAGAAAAGGUUUUCUACUGAGAUGUUCUCCGGUUUAAGUGCAAAAUCACUUGUGGAUUGAUUGAAGGGCCGUUCUCAUUCUGUGCUCAGGGUGCCUCUGUUCACAGACCUUCUAACAAAACUCACUGCGUUUCUGAGCCACUUCCUCCCCUCCCUACAUCCUCACACUGGCACUUCUUUGUUUCCUUUUGAGAAAAUGAAACAGUAAGAAAUGCACCGGGCAGAAAUAUGGUUAUGUAAUAGGAGACUGGCGCUACUAAAUCUGAUUUCAUUGACAAGGUCUUUGCAGCUGAAGGCAGCUGUUGGCUGUGCUGAUAACUGCUGUCCGUGUCUGGAGACUUGGGUCCCGUUCGGGGCUGUGAGGUCUGGGUUUGUCCUUUUUGUGUCCCCCGCCUCCCUGCUGGCGUCACUGUCGAUGGCUCAGAUGAGCUCCGUGCUGUGUGUGCAGCUGGUUUCCCUCCCCGCUGCGUUCCAGUGGCACUUGGUCAGCAGCCGUGGGAGAGGACUCCUUCUCGCAGAGCUGCCAGCCAGGCCAGAUGGCCGCUCCAGAGCAGGCUGUGGCCGCUGUCCUGUCUCUGCAGAGCGGCCCGGCCGGGUCUGGCUGUGUCACGUGCAGAAUGGAAAGCUGAUACCUUUGCGGGCAAUAACCAAAGCCAGUGUGCAGCGUGGAUGCCGUGUCCCCAUUUGGUAGGUCAGGUGAGGCACAGCUCUUGCAAAUUCCUAAGCCAGCACCAGGCUUGCCUCCUGUGGAGCGACCUGCAAGUUGUCCCAUGCUCAGCCUGGUUGACCCAAACCAGAGAUGCCCUAACACACCCAACAGUGUGGUCGGGUAGGCAGCCCAGCAUUGCAAGCCUGCCUCAUUCCCUGGGGCUCAGGGAGGGAGCUGAGCAUGGCCUCCGGCUGGAGAGAGAGCCCUGGGGAUGGGGGAAGUGAGGCUGCGUCUUCCCCCACCACAGCUCUGCUGGAAGGCUUCGACAUCUGAGAGAGCACCAGCUUCAUAGAGGAGCACAUUGACCGGCAGGUGUCCCCCAUCGAGAGCUUGCGCCUGAUGUGCCUCCUCUCCAUCACGGAGAACGGUGAGGUGUCUGUCUGCUCUGGGCAGGGAAGGUUGGAUCGGGGGCCCUCCAGCCUGGGUGCAGAGCUCACCCUGCUGCUCCCCACAGGUCUCAUCCCCAAAGAUUACCGGUCCCUGAAAACCCAAUACCUGCAGAGCUACGGGCCUGAGCACUUGUUGACCUUCCACAACCUCAAGCGCAUCGGGCUGCUGACCGAGCAGUCGGCCGCAGAGACGCUGACCGCUGUGGAGAGCAGAGUCAGCAAGCUGGUGACAGACCGUGCUGCCGCUGAGAGCCAGCCCUCUGCCCCUGGGGAGCUGGGAGCACAGCCCUGCCCUGCUGGGAGCUGCUGCUCCAGAGCCGGAUGGAAGCACGCAGCAAAAGUGGACACUGCGGGCACAGAGCUACGAGCAGGGCAGAGCUUUGGCCCAUGGGAGCAGCAGGGCUGGCAGGAAAGAUCACAGAUGCAUUUAAUUCUUUGGCCAGAAAGAGCAAUUUUCCAGCUAGAAGCAAGAAGCUGGGGUUGGGACACCUACCACAAGAGUCCCACAGCUCUGCCCCACGGUGCUGUGGGGCUGAGUCCCACAGCUCUGCCUGAUGGUUCUGCCUCAUGGUGUUGUGGGGCUGUGUCCCGUGGCUCUCCCCCAGGGUUCAAGUUCAUCUUCCUGACCACGGCCAUCACCAACAGCGCCCGGAUGAUGGAGGCCAUGAUCGAGGCCAAGGCCUGAGGCUGCCAAUAAACAGCUCCCCUGUACCGCUCUGGCUCCGGCUCCAGCUCUGCCUUAGGGGUCAUAGAAUCCUGGAAUGGUGUAGGUAGGAAGGGAGCUCAAAGCCCAUCAGGGUUCGGCAAGCCCCAUCCAGCCUGGCCUAGAGCACCUCCAACACGAUUUAUUUGAAGAUGAUGGCUUAAAUGGCCUUCAUGGCACAGAAAUGCUCCUAUUGUUCAAGCGGUUGCCCUUUGCU